AUGGACCAACUAAAUGACUGCAGCAUGGUAGCCAUAUUGCUGUGUUUGGUUGUGGCAGCCUCAGUAUUGUUUCUGCCAUUGAUCAUGGGGCCUCUUCACCCCCCAUCGUAUCCUAUUCUGCUUGUGAUUCCGAUUGUGCUGGUGCUGGCUAUCAUUUUCCUCCACCAAGCAUCGAAGUGACGUCGUGUACUCUUCCGUCACGUUUAUGCGUCUAUCUACUUGAUGUAAUCUGCAAGUAUUGAAUAAAAUUUAAGCCACAUUUA